AACUGUCGCAUGCAUGUCGCAAGUUGACGUCACUUGCUGCCUAUAAACUGCGAAACAGGCGUGGGGAGACUAUUGAAUUGAAAUACAUGUUAUUGGAUUUUUGUUCAUCAAAGUCAAUCAUCAAGCAAAAAUAAUAGACUUGUCUAGGUAGAGAAGAACACAGUAAACGCGACCAACGAGGAUGUUUAAGAAAUUUGAUGAGAAGGAAAAUGUUUCCAACUGUAUUCAGCUGAAGACCUCUGUAAUCAAAGGCAUCAAAAACCAGCUGUUGGACCAGUUUCCAGACAUUGAGUCAUGGCUCAACCAUAUCAUGCCAAAAAAGGACCCUGUCAAAAUAGUGCGAUGCCAUGAACACAUUGAAAUCUUGACGGUGAAUGGAGAAUUGCUCUUCUUCAGACAAAGAGAAGGACCGUUCUACCCAACCCUCCGACUGCUGCAUAAGUACCCCUUUAUUCUUCCACACCAACAAGUAGACAAAGGGGCCAUCAAGUUUGUCUUAAGUGGAGCCAAUAUCAUGUGUCCUGGAUUGACGUCCCCAGGCGCCAAACUCUACCCCUCGGCCUCAGAAACAGUAGUUGCCAUAAUGGCGGAGGGCAAGCAACAUGCCCUUUGUGUCGGAGUCAUGAAGAUGUCUGCAGAAGACAUGAAGGAAUUUUCAGCUGUUGUUAGAGCGCAUUUAAUGUUUGAGGAAUGUCCAGAAUGUGUCUCAUUCAUUACACCAGUGAAGACAGUUGUGCCCUGGAUCCACAUUGGUUCUAAUAUCCCAAGAUUGAACUGCGAAAGCCUCAAGGUAAUGAGUUCCUUUACAUAUGUUUUUGCGCCUCAGAUUGGACACUGAGUCUACUGUGCAGAAUUCUAUAGGAUAGACUAUUGCACAACACCCAGCGCUUUUCCUAUUAAUUAUUCUGGAUAUAUAGUGCAUUCGCAAAGUAUUCAGACCCCUUGACUUUUCACAUUUUGUUACGUUACAGCCUUGUUAUAAAAUGUAUUCGAUUUUUUUCCCCCCCUUAUCUACACACAAUACCCCAUAAUGACAAAGCAAAAACAUUUUUUUAGAAAUUUUAGCCAAAUUAUACACUUUUUAAUACAUUUACAUAAUUAUUCAGACCAUUUACUCAGUGCUUUGUUGAAGCACCUUUGGCAUCGAUUACAGCCUUGAGUCUUGGGUAUUAUGCUUCAAGCUUGGCACACCUAUAUUUGCAGAGUUUCGCAGAUCCUCAAGCUCUAUCAGGUUGGAUGGGGAGCGUCACUGCACAGCUAUUUUCAGGUCUCUCCAGAGUUGUUAGAUUGGGUUCAAGUCCAGGUUCUAGCUGGGCCACUCGGACAUUGUUACUUGUCCCGAUGCCACUCCUGCGUUGUCUUGGCUGUGUGCUUAGGGUCGUUGUCCUGUUGGAAGGUGAACCUUUGCCCCAGUCUGAGGUCCUGAGCUCUGCUCUGGAGCAGGCUUUCAUCAAGGAUCGCUCUGUAUUUUGCUCCAUUCAUCUUUCUCCUUGAUCCUGACUAGUCUCAGUCCCGCCGCUGAAAAACAUCCCUGCAGCAUGAUGCUGCCACCAUGUUUCACCAUUGGGAUGGUGCCAGGUUUCCUCCAGACGUGAUGCUUUGCAUUCAGGCCAAAGAGUUCAAUCUUGGUUUCAUCAGACCAGAAAAUCUUGUUUUUCAUGGUCUGAUUCCUUUAGGUGCAUUUUUGCAAACUCCAAGCGGGCUUCCGUCUGGCCACUCUACCAUAAAGGCCUAAUUGGUAGAGGAAGAACCUUCCAGAAGGACAACCAUCUCCACAGAGGAACUCUAAAGCUCUGUCAGUGACCAUCGGGUUCUUGGUCACCUCCCUGACCCAAGUCCCUUCUCCCCCGAUUGCUCAAUUUGGCUGGGCGGCCAGCUCUAGGAAGAGUUUUGGUGGUUCCAACUGUGUUCUUGGGGACCUUUUUUAAUGCUGCAGACAUUUGUUGGUAGCCUUCCCCAGAUCUGUGCCUCGACAAUCCUGUCUGAGCUCUACCUACAAUUCUUUCGACGCCAUGGCUUGCUUUUUACUCUGACAUGCACUGUCAACUGUGGGACAUAUAUAGACAGUUGUGCCUUUCCAAAUCAUGCCCAAUCAAUUGAAAUUACCACAGGUGGACUCCAAUCAAGUUUUAGAAACAUCAAGUAUGAUCAAAACAGGAUGCACCGGAGUUCAAUCAAGUCUUAUCAAAGGGUCUGAAUACUUAUGUAAAUAAGGUAUGUUUUAUUUGUAAUACAUUAGCAAAUGUCUAAACCUGUUUUCGCUUUGUCAUUAUGGGCUAUUGUGUGUAGAUUGAGAGGGGAGGGAUAUUUAGAAUAAGGCUGUAACGUAACAAAAUAUGGAAUAAGUCAAGGAAAACUGAAAACACUGUAAAUAACAUUUCAUAGCCCCGUGGGCGUAUUCACAAUAUGAUCUGGUAAUGAAAUAACAUGAAACAGUGGUGGAAAAAGUACCCAACUGUCAUACUUGACCGUAUUAAAUGGCUCAUGUAAAAGUCACCCAGUAACAUUCGACUUAAAAGUAUUUGGUUUAAAAUAUACUUAAGUAUCAAAAGUAAAAGUAUAAAUAAUUUAAUAACCAGAUGGCACCAUUUUAUUUAUUUAUGGAAAGCCACAAACUAAGCAUGUGUGUUUAGUGAGUCCGCCAGAUCAGUCAGUAAGGAUGACCAGGGAUGUUCGGUUGAUAAGUGCGUGAAUUGGACUAUUUUCCUGUCCUGCUAAGCAUUCAAAAUGUACCCAGUACUUUUGGGUGUCAAGGCAAAUGUAUGGAGUAAAAUGUACAAUAUUUUAAGGAAUGUUGAAAAGUAAAAUAUAAAUAGUUAAGUACAGAUACCCCCUCAAAAAACAACUUAGGUAGAAAUACAUUUUAUUUUCCUUGUUACACCUGCAAUUUUAAACAAUACAAGGGGCUUGAAAGUAGCCAACUUGAAUUGGAGCUCAGAAUUUCAAGUAGACUGCUGGUAUAGGCCGAGCUUGAAAAUCAAAUAUUGACCUUAAUUUGGUGUUUGAAAAGUCCUUGUAAUUAUUGUAGCCAAUUUGUAAGUUCUGCUCCCAUAUAAUUAUCAGUGAUUUCAGUUUUGAUCUGUUUUUGUGAGCGAUGUGGCCAGUUGUUUGUUUCCCGCUGCUUCAAUUGAAGGGUGAAGCCCUACUCUGUUGUGGUAAAACCACGUGCGGUUAUUGAGGACGACAACAUCUGUUGGCUUUCGAUACAAAUCCUUCCAUUAUGUGUGCCUGCGUUGGCCACAGACUACAGAAAGAUCGCCAUGCAUCCAGUCUAUUUAGUUGGGCAAUGUCCACAAUAUUCUCACAUUUUAGAAAUUAAUCAUUUGAAUAUCAAUGCAUUGCAGAGGCCUAAAAAUACAUUCUUAUUUUUGGUAUGUUGUUUCAUUAGUCUAUGGUUGCUAUCUAAUAGUUGCAACAUUUUGUAUCAUAUGUGACAGAAUUCUAUAUUUUGAAAGUUCCAUAUCUUAAACCUGAUUGCUGACAUCUUUAUAUAUUUUGGCAGUAUAUCAACAA